AAGAGCCCGGACUCGGCGCAGCCUCCCCCUCACAACUCGCCAACGCCAAAUCCGUCUCCGCCACCGGCCAGCCAGCGAGCGAUUCGCCGCCGCCGCCGUCACCGCCGCCGCCGGCGUCAAGCCCCUCUCUCCACCCAGCAGGCUCACCCUCGCGGCCCCCGCCCCCUCACGGGCCCCGCGUCUCCCGCGAGAACCGCGCCCGCCCGCCUAGGGUUUCCGCCGCCGCCGGAGAGGAGGGGAGGAGCGGAACCAGGGCGAGAUGGCCGGACGGCUCCUCGGGCAGCUCCUCGUCAUGGGCGGCGCCGUCGUCGGCAGGGCCGUGGUCCAGGCCUACCGCCAGGCCAUCGUCAAUGCACAAAGAACCGGAGCUGCUCAGGAAGCUGUGAAUGGUAUUCGAAGGGCUAGCAAGGCUAUGACCGAGCAAGAAGCCCGGCAAAUAUUAGGUAUCAGUGAAAAAACGAGUUGGGAAGAGAUCGUAAAGAAGUACGACACGAUGUUUAAGAAGAACGCCAAGAGCGGAAGCUUCUAUCUCCAGUCGAAAGUCCACCGGGCCAAAGAAUGUCUGGAGUCCAUAUACCAUGAUAAGCCCGACAUAAUGAACUGAGAUGGCCAGCGUUUCAUCUAAUCGAUCGAUUUUGUCGUCGAUGUCCUGUCUGAGCUAUGCUGGGCUGCUGCAUCAGGUCAAAUUUGGUUGUAACAGGAAGUUUGUUCCACUUGACUCGAAUAAUAUAUUCAACAAAAGGAACACCGUCACCGUUUGAUUUGUUUUUCUGGAGGCGAUGCCUCGUUUCCAUGCAAAUUCAGAUGUUGACACUUUGUGUUGUUGCGAUCAUCUGCAAUGUUUGAUUGUUGUAGCA